GAAAAUUCGGCAACCUUUAAAGAUGAAUUUGGAAUCCUGGAACGCAGAACUAUCGGAGUUUUUGAUUGGAAAUGACAGUGUGUUGAUUCUUUAUAUCAUCGUUGGAGUUUUCGGAAAUGGCCUUGUUCUCUUUAUAUACCUUGUACGGAUGACUAAAAAGAGCGACGAUCGCUACUUCAUUCCCUCCCUGGCGGCGAUUGACAUUUGUGCGUGUGUCAUUGGAUCUUCAUACGCAUUGGCCCUGAAUCUCCUACCCGUAAGAUUUCCCGGGGAUUUCCUCUGUCGCGUUCUGUGGUUCCUCAGUCAGGCCUCUACAGUAUCUGGAGGAACUCUACUCCUGGUCAUCGCAAUCCAUCGCUACAUGAAGGUGUGUCGUCCGUUCUCCAAUACCUGGUCAUUGAGGGUCAAAAGAUUGGUCAUUUUGGGAACAGUAACUGUUUCUACUCUUCUAUCGAUUCCUACAAUUUUCUUGUAUGGGGAGAUACAAGUCGUUAAUGACCACUACAGAGACAACAAUGUAACCCUGGUCGGAUACAGAUGUGGAAAUAUUUCGGAUCCAAGAGCGCUUUUAGGAUACAAUAUUUUUUUGUUGGUGUUUGCCGUUUCCGGGGUAGCCAUUCUUACAAUUUGUUAUAUCUUCAUUGCAAAAACCAUCUACAGUAAAGUCAUGAUGUAUCGAAAAUCGGUAAAACAAAUGCACACUAUUCCAAAGCCUGAACUCUCAGUCUCGACCGUUUCUGACAUAAAACGGAAAAGUAAAAGUAUUGAACCUUGCAAUAAUCAACAACAUGAAGAAACUGGGGAGUUCCAUGAAAAUUCAAACGAACACGACCGAGAAAAUGAUGACAAGUUUCAGAAUACUCACAAAGAUGAAAAGUCAAAUCACCACAAGAGAAGGUCUCAGGAUAUUCUGUUGAAUGCACACAUUCCAGCAAUGAAGUACCACUUCACACAUUACAGAUACUCUUACAUGUUUAUGACAAUAACCAUUGUGUUUGUGAUCGCUUACUUGCCCCGGAUCAUCAUUAUGCUGCUAGAGUCUAUAUUUGGAAUUGAGUUUUGGAACAAACCGGACUCUGUUAUAAUAGGGUUGAUGUUUUUGUACAGACUGUAUAUCCUUAAUCACGUGGUUAACCCUUUUAUUUAUGGUUUCUUUGAUGCCAGAUUUCGACAUGAGGUAAAACUUUUGCUUAGCAGGCACAAGAAGGGGUCUCUUCACCCAGAGAGCCAAACUGGCCAAUGAAAGUAGAGAACUGACAGCUUAACUGGCCAAUGAAAAUAAAGAACAAACAGCCAAACUGGCCAAUGAGAACAAAGAAUAGGUAA